UAUCGCACUGCAAUAGAUCCCGCUACUCUCUGCAUCUACAGGUGUGAGACCGGGGAACAGGAGGACCCUGCUCUGCAGCAUUUCUCCUCUCUCCUGCCAUUGGUCCGUCACCUGAAGAUCAACGUCAGUUCGCUGAGCGAUCCAGCCAAUCGCAACGCUGCCCUGUCCGUCCUCCGCCUGGCCACCAGCGGUCCCCUGCGAACCUUGUCCCUGUCCUGUUCUGGAGGAGUCCCUCUCUUCUACUCAGGUCACGACCUGGAGGAAGGGCUGGAGGCCGCUCUCACUGCAUCUCCGGAACACGUGGGAGGAGCCUUCCUCUCCCACUUGGACCUGAGGGGCGUGCCCUUCACCCUCAGCCAAUCCCUGGUGAGGGUCUUGGCCCGGCAGAGCCCCAACCUGAGGAGUCUAUUGGUCAACAAUCAGACACUGGUGUGUAAAGUGGAGCCAGAGGCUGUGGUGGAGGUACUGGGACUGUGUCCACUUCUCAACACGCUAGGGCUGUUCUAUACCAGCCUGUCCCAGAAGGUGGUGGAUGAGCUGCUGUUGCCUCAACGCUGCCCCCUCCUGGCCAUUGAGUUGUACUGCGAGCGCUUUGCCAAAUACAUCCCCCCUCUGGAGGACAGCGUGUGGGCUGGACUGAAGCACAGACACCCGGGGUUAAAGGUCAGUUAAAGGUGCCUUGAGGAGGAAACUCC